ACCGUAACCAUAGCGACCCCGUGUGUCAGAGGAGCGCUACGGCUGCUUUGCAUAUCCUGUUUCUCUGAGUCAGAGAUGAUGAUGAUGAUGAUGGCUGGUAGGAGCUAACCUACGCUGCAUAGAUGCUCGGACUGCGGGACGAAACUCAAACCAAGAGCAGAGAUAGGAACUGAUACCACAUGAUGGACGGGUUUGCGGGCGACAUGCUGAGCGGCGGCCGGGCUCUGCUGGGCGAGGACAGCUCGGUGAUGGCUCGCAUGCAGAAGAAGUUCUGGAAGACCAAGCAGGUUCUCAUCAAAGCCACCGGCAAGAAGGAGGACGAGUACGUGGUGGCCUCGGAUGCCGACCUGGAUGCCAAGCUGGAGUUCUUCCGCUCUGUGCAGUUCACGUGCACGGAGCUGCUGAAGGUGAUCGAGAAGUACCAGCAGAGGAUUACACACCUGUCCCAGGAGGAGAAUGAGCUGGGCCUCUUCCUGCGCUUCCAGGCCGAGCACGACCGCACCAAGGCCGGCAACAUGAUGGACGCCACGAGCAAGGCCCUGUGUGCCUCCGCCAAGCAGAGGCUGGCGCUGUGCCCCCCGCUGCACCGCCUGCACCAGGAGGUGGAGACGUUCCGCCGGCGUGCCAUCGCUGACACGCUGCUGACGGUGGGCCGCAUGGAGAAGGCCCGCACAGAGUACCGGGGCGCCCUGCUGUGGAUGAAGGACGUCUCCCAGGAGCUGGACCCAGACACCUACAAACAGCUGGAGAAGUUUCGCAAGGUCCAAGCUCAGGUCAGAGGGACCAAGGGCCAGUUUGAGAAGCUCAAGAACGACGUGUGUCAGAAGGUGGACAUGCUGGGAGCCAGCCGCUGCAACAUGCUCUCCCACUCCCUCUGCACCUACCAGACCACUCUGCUGCAGUUUUGGGAGAAGACGGCCCACGCCAUGUCAGGAAUCCACGAGGCCUUCCAAGGACACGUUGCCUACCAGUUCACCACACUCAAGGACCUCCGGGACCCGCUGGAGCAACUAACAGAGACAGAGAAGAAACAGGACAAGGAGGAGAAGGCUCUACAGAGCAACACAGACAAUCUGGUGUCCUUGGACGAUGACAAGCCAUCAGGUGGUGCUUCGGACGCAGCUCUGCACGAUCUGAGUGGCUCGCUGAGCUCAGCGGGCACCGACGAUGACCUGAUGCUGAUGGCCUGUGACCUCCCCGAGGCGCUGCAGCCACCACAGCCCCAAGCCCACACAAUGCUCCCCUUCCAGCCCGAGCCCCAGCCUCCUCCCCAGGCUGUGGAUCCACAACAGACCUGGGGCUCAGGGAGCAUCCAGCCCAGCCUCCCACAGCUGCCUGCCCCUGAUGAGGGUCUGCUCUCUGGUGGUGCCCCCUGUUCCGCUGGAACAGGCCUGAGACUGGAGGAGGAGGACGGCGAGAGGGGCGACAUCGCGUUCCUGAAAGACCUGCUCAGCCCGGGCCCCGGGGGGGCCGACGACUUCAGCAAAGAGUGGCAGGACGCUUUUGGGAUCUUUGAGCCUGCCAGCGUCCCUCCGCCCAGCACAGCAGCCAGCAGCGGUCCCGUGGCGGCGGCCCGCCCUGCCUCCCACCCUCCCAGCCCGACGGGCUUCUUGCCCUCCCAGCUGCUGGAUCACAGUCUGAGCUCCACGGGCUGGUCCACCCCGCCCAUGUUCCAAGCCCCGCCCCUGCAGCCCCCCUCUGCCCCUGCCCAAUCAGCUCAGGCAGCCCCAAGCUCUUCAGCCAAUGCUGCUCCAGGUGGAUCCAGAGACAUGUCUGCCUGGUUCAAUCUGUUUGCAGACCUCGACCCCCUCUCCAACCCCGACGCCAUCGGACGCUCUGCGGAUGAGCUACUCAACGCCUGAAGCUGCGUGUGUGUGCGCGCGCGCAUGUGUGUGUGUGUGUGUGUUUGUGUGUGUGCACGACACUUUAUGUUGUCUCGGAUGUGUGUGUGAAUGUGUUUGAAUCUCUUUUUUUCCAUCACCCUCUAACAUAAUCAACUCAUCUAACCACUGAUACACACACCUCACCCUGGAAGAUGUGCACACACACUGACACACACACACACACACACACACACACCUUUGUGUUACACUGGAAGGCAUAUAUUUCACACUGGCAUUGGAAACACUGGAAGUGGCUGUUAGAUGCUGUGUGUAGCAUUGACAAAGACUGUUUAACACUACGAGCACGGCCACUCGCUCAUGUCUGCGUGCAGCAAAAAGCGCGUGCUGCUGUGCAUCUUAACAUGACAAGAUGUUACUUUUUUGCAAAGCGUUAUUCCAGAGGGGACGGGGGCUGGGUGCUCUGUUUGUUUUGGACACCAGUUUGCUGCGUUCUGUGUGUGUUUCUGUAUUUUAUCCGUUUGUUUGGGCGUGUGUGUGUGUGUUUGCGGUUUCUGAUUGUCUACACGAUGCAAGGGACCUGGGAUGAUAAAGGUAUCCCUUUGAAGAAAUCAUCUAUUUACUCCUAAUUAAAUGCUAUAUACUGUAACACAUGAUCACAUAUGAAUGAAGAUAUAUCAAACAGAUUUAUGACAUAUGAUAAGACCCUAUUAUAAAAUGUAUUUAUUCAGCAGGCCUUUCUUUGCACACUAAAGAUAUAACAAGAAGUGGAAGGAUUUUGGCUGAAGCACAAGCUGCACCAGGACCACCCCUGGAUCUCACUGAUUCCACCCCUUUAAUAAAUAAUGUGAUGCGUAUUGAUCCCUGUAGGGGAGUACUCUGCUCUUUUUGCUUGCCUUCAGUCUGCAGCUGGUUAAGGACUCACUCUCUUGCCCCGGGACACUUCAGCAGGCCCUCCGUCCCGUCGCUCCCUCACAUAGACACAGCCACUAUCCUCCAUGGAUCAAAUAUGCAUUCAAAAGGCAACAUGCAACUGUGAAAAGGCGAAUCCAAACACGGUCCCACUUCUGACUUGUGUGUCCCUCCACCUCGGAGGUUUAAAAUCAUCUCAGUUUCCGAUUACUUUGAAUGCAGCAGGGUAAAAAUAGGAUGCAAAUGAAAUUGUCUUUUCAUUGACGUGAAGGCCAAGGAAAAAUUAUGAAGGAUGUUUUUUUUUUUUUUUUUUCUGUUUUCUUUUGAGGGAAAUCGUGCAGUUUGAAUGCACAGGGACUGAAUUGGUUAUUUCCCUUCCCUGAUGUGAUGUUAUUUUCAUUUUUUU